GACCAGCCGCAUGCGCAUUUACGCUUCAUUCCGAAAAGCAAUGGCGUCCUCCUUUGCUGUGUGCAGGUUACAUAUGAGAGGAAGGGCCAGCCUCGCGAAGUGCCUACAGAAAACCGACGCGUUUCUUCACAGAAGUAUAGGAACAGACGUCGUUAUUGCCCGAGCUGAGGCCACUCGAAGUGACGAAAGUGAUGAAAAGAAUGGAAGGAAGUCUCUGCACACUCUCCACAUGGAGAGACAAGAACAAGCAGAGAGGUCCGUUCUCAUCAGCUGUCAGUCCAGUACCAAUGAGAAAAAGUUCCUCAAGUAUUUAUCAAAACAUGGAGAAAUCAACAAAUACUUCUUUUAUGAAAGCUAUGGAGUGUAUGCUGUAGUGGAGUUUGCCAACCAGGAAAGUGUUACGUCUUUACUUGAAGGGGUGGCAAUUCCUGGUGGCAGCCACGAAUCCGCAGUGCCUUUCAAAUCCAGACUGUUGUCACUCAGAAACCUCGGCUCAGUGGACUCAUCAAACCAACUGUCAGGCCGGCAGUGCCAACCUCAGACCACUAUUCCCAUCAAUGAGCUAAUAAAGAGACUUUCCAGAGAAGAGAGUAUAGACAAGCAGAUAAGCUCCUUGACUGAAGCCUAUCAACUCACAGAGGAGAACAGCAGGCUGCGUUUCCUCGUCUGUUCUCUGCUCAAGGAUAUUGCUACCGCUUAUUUUCCAGAAUGCACCAUCAAACCCUUUGGCUCAUCAGUGAAUGGCUUUGGAAAGCUUGGCUGUGACCUGGACAUGUUGCUGGAUCUGGACAGCAUCACUGGACGCAAUGUGAAACUGCCUAAGUCAGGCCUCUCCCUGGAGUACCAGAUGAAGCGGGCCAAUUCAGAGCGAGCCGUUACUCAGAGCAUCCUGUCUGUGAUCGGGGAGUGCGUCGACCAGUUUGGGCCCGGCUGCGUGGGGGUACAGAAAAUUCUCAACGCACGGUGCCCUCUGGUCCGUUUCGCCCACCAGCCGUCUGGCUUUCAGUGUGACCUCACAGCCAACAACAGGGUGGCGAUGAAGAGCACAGAGCUGCUCUACCUGUAUGGAGAGCUGGACCCUCGGGUGCGCAGCCUGGUGUUCACUGUACGCUGCUGGGCCCGAGCUCACGGAGUCACCAGCAGCAUCCCCGGGGCCUGGAUCACCAACUUCUCCCUCACUGUCAUGGUGCUGUUCUUCCUGCAGAAGAGGACUCCUCCCAUCAUCCCCACACUGGACCACCUGCGGGACCUCGCAGGUACCAUCCAGCACUCACACAGCGGACCUCUGAGAAUUUCAUGCAGACCCAUUGCUUUCUGGGCCUCUUCUCCCAUGGCAGAGGCCCCCUCGGCCUGGCAGGGACCAGCAGCUGCCUUUGACACGAAGGUCUACACUUACAGCUGCUGCUGCUCACGAAUGUGUUUUCAACCUGCCUUGUCCCCUUCCCUCUCCCUCCAGGGCAAGGAGCAGAACAAACCAGAGGUGGCCCCGCUGCACAUCCAGAACCCGUUUGAAGCCUCUUUAAACGUCAGCAAGAACGUCAACGCCAGCCAACUCGACCGAUUCGUGGCUUUGUGCCAGGAGAGCGCCUGGCUGCUCCAGCAGAGUGAAACCAGCACACCAAGAGGUGGUGGUGCGGGAGGCAAAGGUGCACCCACACCUUGGGGACUCGCUACCCUCCUUCUGCCUUCGCAGGUCGCAGGGAUCAAAAGUCGCAAGAAAAGGAGGAGGGAGCCGGCCAGUGAAAGGAUCAAGGGCUUGCUAGAAUCAUUAAAAAAUAAAAAUCAACUAAAGAAGAGCUAGAAGGACUCUUCCAUGUCUCCACUCUCUUGUCAGGACUUCAACCUCCUCAGUGUUGCUUUGUGAUGCUUCACUGUGAAGGUGAGAGAAGAGGCUCCAGGAACUGGACUGUAGUUCCAAACAUGGACACUGGAGGGUGUUAGUGAGACCUAUAAGUGCAUAUGUUUUGGGACCUGAAAUAAGGGAGUCUUGGCCAUGUAGGCUGUAGACUUUCCCACUCUGUUGUGAUUAAAGACAAUACUGUGUAAUUCA